GAUGACGCGGACUGGUGUGGGAGUUUAGCAGUUUACAUACUAACAUUUACUGUCGCAUGCGUUCGAUUAUACCUGUCUUCUAACAAAACACGUUCCAUUUCGUGCACCCAGCUAGAAAGAGUAUCCCGAACAGGUUUAAGGCUUAAAUAUCUGAUGUAAGGUGUGCUCCGCGUUGCUAUAGUUACGGCAGCUCUCCCUGUGACAGUGCCACCUAGCGCUGAAAUGUCGGAACUAGUCGUAGAGAUGCAGUGGCGUAUCAGCUGUCAAACGGAUGGCCGUCAUAUGUAAAUAUUAGGACCAGUUUAACUGUGUUACACUUCACAUCAUGUGGGUCAACUGAGCAUCUGGAGUUGAAACAGAAGAAUGGCGCCAUCACAUGACAGUACGCUGCGGAAGAUGGGUGAAAUGUGGAUUAAAGACUCGGGUCAGCUUUUGUCCAGCGAGUAAAAUACUGCAUUCCAAGUAACAUGGUUUCGGCCGCAGUCCUCGGCUGGGGCGGGCUGGUGCUGGCGCUCUGCCUGACGACGUUCGGCGUGUGGUGGUGCGCCACACUCGCCGUCUGUCUCGUCGUCUUCAUUGUCGGAGGCCUCACACUGCUCUACCUGCUGCACUGGGAGGCGACACUCAAGUACACGGCAGACCUGUACAGGAGGCGUUCGCACGACAUCCGGCCGGGGCUCUCCAGGGUGGUGUCGGCGUCACAGGCGGCGCAGAGGGAGCCUCCCCGGCUGGACCGGCGAAUCACGGGCGCGCAGGCGGUGGACGAGACACUGCAGGAGGUGCUGGCGCUGGUGCUGCGGGACUAUCUGCAGCCCUGGUAUAACCGCCUGAGUGCCGACGACGAGUUCCCGCGCGAGGUGCGCCGCACUGCUCAGCGCCUCGCCGUCAACUUCGCGGGCAGCUCUCCUCCUCGACCUGAAAUGACUGCCUCACUGGACAGGGUGAAGGAGGUGGACUGGAUCCCGUACCUUACGACGCGCCUGGUGGACGAUGCGGCGUCGCACCUGCGCCUCUUCCGGCAGGUGCGCGCAAAAGCCAAGCAGCAGCAGCAGCCGCCACCGUCAUCUGGCGUGGGCUCGGAGCCGGUGUCGCUGACGUCGCUGCCGAGUGGCGGUGGUGACGCGGCCUCUAAAUCUGGGGGCGCCUCGCCGGUGUGUGAACACCUUUCGGUGCCACCUUCCCAGCACCAACACGGCCACCGCCGCACCGGCUCGUCGGUGUCGCUGGGCGCGAACGCAACCCCCCAGGCCGGGGGCUCCGGCAGUGGAUCGCACUCCCCCCAGCAGCACCCGCAGUCACAUCCGCAUCCGCAGCCGGAGCUAGAGCCGCUCUUCUUCGACCUGGAGGUCACCAUGGAGGGGGGUGACCUGUGCCGCGACCUCGUCUGCACCGACCCGGAGUACGAGAAGCAGUUCUUGCGCGACCUGUCGGAGGUGGUGAUGUUCCUGCUGCUGCCUCCCGAGGACUUCCAAUGCAAGGCAUUGCGCUUCCUGCUGCGCGAGCUGCUCGUCUCCUCCGUCCUGCUGCCGCUGUUUGCGCUGUUCUCCGACCCGGACUACAUAAACCAGAUCAUCGUCUGGCUCGUGUGUAAGGAGAUCCCACUGACGAGUGAAGCCUUCCUCACUGCACUCCGCGUCACCGACAACCGCGACGAGCUGACGGCGACGAGGGAGAUUGUUGUGAGGGAGAUUGCACAGCUGAGGUCUCGCGACUCUGGCGGGGAGGACGACACGUGGGUGAAGCAGCAGCUGAGCUCCCUGCAGUACCUGCGGAAGGUUGUCGAUGCGCGCCUCCAACGCCUCAAAGACGGUGCCGACUCAGAUUCGGCCGGAUCGGAUGGGGUAGUUUGCACCCCGACGUGUGCCAGUGUGGACGGGAGCCUGGGCGUGCCCGUGCCCGUGCCCCCGGACUCGGGUUCGCCAGAAGGCCUGCCGGCGCAGCUGGACUGGGGGCGGCUGGUGCCCUCUGGGGGAGCCGGCGGGGUGCGGCUCUUUUCGCUGCCGCUGGACGUCGUGCUCAAGAACAACGUGGCACUCUCCUACUUCAUCGACUACAUGACCAGCAUCGGGGCACAGGCCUAUCUCUUCUUCUACCUGAAUGUCGAAGGUUGGAGAGUCUCGGCCGAGCAGCAGAUAUCUGACCUAGAGCUGCACAAGAUGGGAGCUGGCGUGACGGUGGCGGGAGCGGCGGCACCCUCCGUCGUGGUCGGAGGCGGCAGGAAGGUGGGCGACGCUCCACCCCCGACACACCAGCCCCCGCAGCCUGACAGCAUGCGUGAAGCGGCCUACAGCAUAUUCGAGCAGUACCUCUCUGAAAAGGCUUCUCCCCGGCUCCGCCUGGACGAGACGGUCGUGAGGAAGCUGCUCUUCCGCAUCCGCACGGAGGCGCCACACGAGACCUGGUUUGACGAGGCGCAGGCCGCCGUGUACGAGAAGCUGCAGACGGAGGAGCGCUUCCUGCCCGGGUUCCGGGCCUCGGUGGGCUACGUGCGGCUCCUGGCGGAGCUGGACCUGCUGAGGGAGCCGGGGUCGGGAGGUGCGGGCGGCGGCACCAGCGGGCACGGCCACGGUGACGACGAGGAGGACUCGGCCGAGAGCAGCCUCUCCGACAACGUCAGCCUCGCCAGCUUCGAGUCCGACUCCGCCACCGUCCCCGCGCCGGCGGCCGCAGCCGCCGCACUGCUGUCCGACCCGCUGGUGCUCCACGGUACAGGGUCCACGCUGUCUCUGCCCGGUCCACCCACGGCGACGUCGGGCAGCGACUGCGGCUCCGUUGCGUCGUCCGUGUCUUCGGCUGCUUCAGCUGCCGGCAGUCAGUUCCUCGCCGAGAAGAGGCAGGGUCCGUCUUCCCUCACCGCUGAGAUCAUCGAAACGGGCAUCGUAAAUGACCGCGGCAAGACGUACGGCAUCUACGCGGUGUCCGUGUCCCGGCGCUACGAGGUAACGGGCCACGUCGACAAGUGGCACGUCUACCGCCGGUACUCGGACUUCCACGAGCUGCACUCAAAGAUCAAGGACAAGUACGGGGACCUGGGCAAGUUGACGUUCCCCGGGAAGAAGACGUUCCACAACAUGGAGCGCGCCGUGCUGGAGAAGAGGAUGAAGAUGCUCAACGACUACCUGCAGAUUGUGAUGCAGCCCGGCGUGGUGGGCUCGCACCCGCAGCUGCGCGACCUGCUGGCCGCCUUCCUCGAGCAGGGGGACUAUGGCGGGGGCGGCGGCGGGGGUGGCGGGGGCAGCUCCGGCCUGGGCGUGGCACAGGUCUCCCAUGCGCUGGACAGCCUGGUGGUGAACCCGUUGAAGAACUCGAUGCGAUCGGUAGGCCAGGCAGUGCGCACAGUGCCCGACAACCUGCUCAGCACCGUGGACGGCGUCGUGGACGGGCUGAGUCGCGUUUUCGGCAGCAGCGCCACCUCCGGCAGCCUGUCGGGCUCUUCCCACGGCUCCGGGAGUGCCUCAUCUCUGGCGGGGGCGGCCGCGACACCCGCGCUGUGCGAGGCUACCAAGGUCGGCGCCUCUAUCGACACAGAGACGGCGGACAACAUCCCGCUGCGCAUCAUGCUGCUGCUGAUGGACGAGGUGUUCGACCUGAAGCAGCGCAACCAGUGGCUGCGGCGGCGCAUCGUGACGCUGCUGCGGCAGAUCAUCCGGACCAUGUUCGGCGACAUCGUCAACCGCCGCAUCCUCGACUACGUGCUGCUCAUGACCAGCCCGGACCAGGUGGCGGACUACCUGCGCGCCUUCAAGCAGGCGCUGUGGCCCAACGGGGCACGGGCGGAAGGGCGGCCGCCGCGCGAUGAGGCGACGCGCAGCCGCACUCGCGUGGCCGCCAAGGUGGCGCUGCUGUCCAGCCUGUCGGAUGAGCUGAAGCACAUAAUUGGGAGCGAGACGGCGCGGCGCGGGCUGCUGCGUGUGUUCGAGCUGUUCCAGAGGCCGGUGCUCAACCGGCGCCUGCUGCACGUGCUGCUGGAGGGAGUGCUGCGGACGCUCUUCCCAGACAACAACCUCGAGCAGGUUUUCCGGAGGCUACACUCACGGUCUCCACGUGUCCCUCGGCAGUCGUCAAGCGGUGGGCAGCUGAAGGGAGCAUCAAAGGGUGGCGGCGGGGGUGGAGCACCUCCGGAGCUGGGGUUGCGGGGGGAGGCGAUUGCCGCCCGGACUCGGUGAUAAGAGGGGUGCGUAGGAGCCCCGAGCUGUGGACCGGACGCUUCUGGGCGCAGGUCUAUUCCUGAUGCGUUUUCCCAAAAUUUUUCCAGUUCUGCAAUUGUUUCAAAAUGUACCCAUACGUCCAGUCAGUGAGAACUCUGUGGAGUUUAGUUACAGUUAGUACAAAUUGUGCAACGAUCUCGGCUACGGUGGGAAGUUUCUGAACUGACUGUAGAGUUUGUAGCGAGUGCAAGACUGAAUUCCCGGCGUCGCUCAGGACGCCGGUAGGGCUGUGACGGUUUGUCUUUCACGGGCAGCAUCGGAACGUGCUCAGUCUGCGAGGUGGUUUAGGGUUGGUCACGGGGUGGUGGCGGCUGGUAUAUGGAAUGGAAGUGUUGUGUAACAAAGUUGAAUUAGUGGCUUGUGAGUAUGUGGGAGAGUGUGAGGUUCCAGGUUGUGUGGUACUGGAGAAAGGAGAGUGGCGUAGAGCAAGUGGUGCAGAUUGAGCGCUGAAGCUUGCCUGAGUAACUGUGUGUUUGGUAUUAGUGGUCCGGAACUGUGAAGUAUUUAUUUUAGAGCUGCCUAAUAACUGAAAAUCAUGAAUGAGUGUUGUAUUGUAAAGUAAUUUAUUAUAGUCUUGCCACUGGUAACAAACUUUUCGUCAUUGAAGUGGCCUGCAAGUUCAGCAAUUUGUGUUAUGAAUGCUGUUGAGGGAAGCAUAUCACACUUCAAUUAAAAAUGGUAACAGAUGUUGUAUAUUUCUCACUUCGAUGUAAGUGAGUAAUUUUAUUGUGUAAAGAACUGUUUCCAGGAGACCAGUAAUGUUGUAUAUAAAAUUAUUCAACUGAAAAUAUGUACUAAUUAAUGUUAUGUUGUAGAAAUUGUUCCACAGAAAUUGUACAUAUUAUUAUUAUUAUUAUUAUUAUUAUUAUUAUUAUUUUUCUCUCGCACUACCUCCUUCCCCCAAAAUAACUAAUUCACCAUUCUCUCUCUCUCUCUCUCUCUCUCUCUCUCUCUCUCUCUCUCUCUCCUCUCUCUUCUCUCUCUCUCUGUCUGUCUGUCUGUGUGUGUCUGUGUCUGUGUGUCACACACACACACACACACACACACACACACACACACACACACACACACGCGCGUGUACCUCACUCCUUGAAAACUUCUACAAGUGUGGUUCUUGUGGGCGAUUCUAGCAUAAGUUUCUGGCAAACAAGUUUUUGUGUGCAUUGUUAUACUUGGCACCCCAAAAUAUGAUAAAGCAGCACAGUGCAUCUAAGUGAUUACAUGAAAUUUCUUCUAGGAGUAAUGCCUGUUUCUCAAAUUUUCUUCAGAAAUACAUUAUGGCCAACACACUCUGCAUAGUACAAGCACGUGCUGUGAUAACAGCUUUGGUCAGACGACUUUCUCACCCGAGAGUAAAUGGUUGUCCGAUCUAGUCAGCUCUGCGUGUCCAGAAAAUGAAAGCUUUGAGUUUGACAGUUCAAAAAAUAUAUAGGUUUUUACAUAGAGUUUGAAGAAUUACUGAAAAUCAUGCUUACAAGCAGUGCUGUUUAAAUGGUCUCCAUUUUAACUGGUACUUUUAAAAGAAAAUAAACAAAAAGUAAUGAAGUUACUGCUGGUGCCAAACUUAAAAAAUGAGUGUAGUAUAGUAUAAACUUGCACACAACUCUAGAAUUUUGUCAGCUGCUGUAAAUUAGAUUAUAAGUCUUCAAAGCACCAAACGUAAUUGAGUAGUGAGUUAUUGAUAUCUGUGUGUAUUACGUGUGAAUGCUUUUUGAGCAAGAGAAAAAGAGAUAUAUUUAUUUUUGUAUUGUUCUUUGUGUUUGUGGACUGCUUACCAAUUUAUGUUAUGGUCCUAAGCAGAGGAGACUAUGUUGUUUUUAAAUGGUGCUUAGCAAGUGAAAGUAUUAUUAGUUGUAAUUUUCUGUGAGAAGAAAAAUGAUAUUUAAUCUUACAAUCAGUGUGUGUAUUUGCAAAUGUAUGUGUGCUGUGUGAAGUUAAGCUCGUGGUACAGAUAAAUUACUGAGCACUAGACUGCCAAUGUAGGAUGUAGGGAUUAAAAAUAAUCAUUAUCCAUUUAAAUAUGUAUUCAGAACUCUGUCGGGGUCAAUUAAUUUGUCAGCCUGGGUGUAUUCUCAGGAGCAUUUCUCUGUGUGUUUUAUGUUGUUAGCAAAAAACCAGCUUUAGUGACUAUGCAAAUGUCGAUCAGUGACUGUUCAGUGUUUGCCAUUAAGGAACCGUGUCAUCGUGAGAAAUAAAGCAUGCGAAAAUUUUAUUUUCACAA